CGAGCUUUUCUCGCGGGAUCUUUACCCGCUCGGAGCUGGCAGUAGUGGCCGCGGAGGGACGUCGGGCGGUUGUUCUGCUGAGGUUUCCCCCCGAUCCGGGCCCUGCCCAGAGACGCUAAGGUAUACAGGAAAAUGGAGUACAUGACAGAAUCCACCGAUCGCAGCCCAGGACACAUCUUGUGCUGUGAGUGUGGCGUCCCAAUUAGUCCAAAUCCUGCCAAUAUUUGUGUGGCCUGUUUGCGAAGUAAAGUGGACAUCAGCCAAGGCAUUCCGAAACAGGUCUCUAUAUCUUUCUGCAAACAAUGCCAAAGAUAUUUCCAGCCACCAGGAACUUGGAUACAAUGUGCAUUAGAAUCCAGGGAACUUCUUGCUUUGUGUUUGAAAAAAAUCAAAGCCCCUCUGAGUAAGGUACGGCUUGUAGAUGCAGGCUUUGUUUGGACUGAGCCCCAUUCUAAGAGACUUAAAGUUAAACUGACUAUUCAGAAAGAGGUGAUGAAUGGUGCUAUCCUUCAGCAAGUGUUUGUCGUGGAUUAUGUUGUUCAACCCCAAAUGUGUGGAGACUGCCAUAGAGUAGAAGCCAAGGAUUUCUGGAAGGCAGUUGUUCAAGUCAGGCAAAAGACUUUGCACAAAAAAACUUUCUACUAUUUGGAACAGUUGAUUUUGAAAUAUGGAAUGUAUCAGAAUACACUUCGUAUUAAAGAGAUUCAUGAUGGUCUGGAUUUCUAUUAUUCUUCAAAACAACAUGCUCAGAAGAUGGUAGAAUUUCUUCAGUGUACAGUUCCCUGUAGGUACAAGGCCUCACAGAGACUUAUCUCUCAGGAUAUCCAUAGUAACACGUACAAUUACAAAAGUACUUUUUCUGUGGAAAUUGUUCCUAUAUGCAAGGAUAAUGUUGUUUGUCUGUCUCCAAAAAUGGCACAAAGCCUGGGAAAUAUGAACCAGAUUUGUGUGUGUAUUCGAGUAACCAGUGCCGUCCAUCUCAUAGAUCCAAAUACCCUACAAGUUGCAGAUAUUGAUGGGAGCAUUUUCUGGAGUCACCCUUUCAAUAGUUUAUGUCAUCCCAAACAGCUAGAGGAGUUUAUUGUGAUGGACUGCAGUAUAGUUCGAGAUCUAAAACGCAGUGCAGGUGCUGGAAUGAUAUCAAAAAAGCAUACCCUUGGAGAAGUCUGGGUGCAGAAAACAUCUGAAAUGAAUACAGAUAAACAGUAUUUCUGUCGUACUCAUUUGGGACAUCUUCUAAAUCCUGGAGACCUGGUGUUGGGGUUUGAUUUGGCCAACUGUAACUUAAAUGAUGAGCAUGUUAACAAAAUGAACUCAGAUAGAGUCCCAGAUGUGGUACUGAUCAAGAAGAGUUAUGACCGUACCAGACGUCAGCGUCGUAGAAACUGGAAACUGAAAGAACUUGCAAGAGAUAGAGAAAACUUGGAUACAGAUGAUGAAAGGCAAUACCAAGAUUUCCUUGAAGAUCUUGAAGAAGAUGAGGCAAUUAGAAAAAAUGUGAACAUUUACAGAGAUUCAGCCAUUCCUGUGGAAAGUGACACAGAUGAUGAAGGAGCGCCUCGAAUUAGUCUGGCUGAGAUGCUUGAAGACCUUCACAUUUCCCAAGAUGCUACUGGUGAAGAAGGGAAAGCAAGCUGCUCUAUUGUGAACUGCCCAAUGGAGAAGCCUACGUGUCAGGGAACUUAAGUCUGACCGAAACCCAAUGAGGCUCUGAGGCCUGCCAACAGCUAUGUGAGUGAAGUUGGAAGCAGACACUUCACUCACUGGAGAUAACUGCAGCCCCAGCUGACCCUUGAUUGCAAUUUUCUGAGAGAUGCUAACUCAUUGGUACCCAGCUAACUCACAUUUGGACCCCAAUCCACAGAAACUUUGAGAUAAUAAAUGUUUGUCAUUUUAAGCUUCUAAACGUAGCAACAGGUAACUAAUAUGACCAGGAACAUGAUUGUUGGGUUGUAGGCUUUAUGCGUGCUUAGUGAAGUACUGUCAGAUUUCUUUCCUACCAGCAAUAUAUUUGAGGGCCCCUGUUUCCUCACACCUUCACUAGUAUUUGCUAAUAUCAGACUUUCUAAAUUUUUGCCAACCUGAUAGGUGUAAAGUGAUAUUUUAAUUACACUUAUUUGAUAACAUA